AUGUUGGUCCGGCUGGACUUCUCGACAACGCUGUCGCUACUGCUGCUGCUGCUGCUAGUUGGAUCAAGUCGAGCUCAGGUUGGUGUCAACUGGGGAACGCAGGUAUCUCACCCCCUCCACGCGCCGAGCGUUGUCAAAAUGCUCCAGAAGAACAGCUUCACGAGAGUGAAGAUGUUUGACACGGACGCCUCCGUCCUCCACGCACUGGCAGGCUCCAACAUCGAAGUCAUGGUUGGAAUUCCCAACACCAUGCUGGAGACGCUGUCCUCGAGCAUGCACGCUGCUCGCAACUGGGUGGAGAGCAACGUAACUUGGUACCUCAAAUACGUCGCUGUUGGCGAGGAACCACUACACGAUGUGAGACUCGACGCUGUUAUUGGAGCAGUGAAGAACAUCCGGGCUGCGCUCGACAAGCAGACAAGAACCAGAGAUAUCAAAACCACCAUUCCCUUCAGCGCUGGCAUCGUUACCUCGAACUCCUUCACACCCUCCACUGGAAAUUUCAUCCGCCCCGACGAGAUGAAGACCAUCUUGGAGCUUCUCUCCGACUCAAAGUCGCCUUUCACCGUCAACAUCCACCCCUUCAUCAGCUCGGUGAACGAUCCAUCCUUUCCCCUCGAUUUUGCCUUCUUCGAUGGCGAUUUCCCAUUUCAACAGGACCAAGGCAACAACUACACCAACGCCUUCGACGCCAUCUUCGACACUGUGGUGUCGGCUCUGAAACAAGCCGGCUUCCCGGACAUGCCAAUCAUCGUCGGAGGAACCGGAUGGCCGACCGACUGCAACCUUCAGGCGAAUCCGCAAAACGCUAAGCGAUUCAACCAAGGCCUGGUGAAGCGGAUUGAAAGCUCCAGAGGUACCCCGCUGAGGCCCGGCAAACUCCACGCAUAUAUCUUCAGCCUGGUGGAUGAAGACCGCAAGAAACCAGGCUACGAGCGGCACUGGGGGAUCUUCCAGUACGAUGGAACUCGCAAGUAUGACCUUACGCUGUUGGGUGCCAGAGAGCUGGAGAACGUCCCAGACGUCGAGUACAUGCCUGCGAGGUGGUGCGUCUCAAACGACGCCACGGACGGGCUGGAGCAGAGGAUCAAUGCCACUUGCCAGCAAGUAGACUGCAGUCCUCUCCUCGAAGGUGGCUCUUGCAACUUUCUCACCGUGAGCGAGCGAGCGAGCUAUGCUUUCAACAGCAACUAUCAGCUCAAUGACCAGGCCACCAGCAGCUGUGAUCCCGAGUUUGGCAGAGUCGUAAGGGAUGAUCCGAGCCACGGGAACUGUCGAUUCAUGCGGCAGAUCGUUGUCAAUAGCGCUGAGAGGGAGAGGCUUUGUAGAAAUGUGUUGGCGUUCGUGUGGUUGACGUUGUCGAUGCUUUUCAUCUGACCACCGCGCUCGUAUAGAUUGUCUAGCUGAAUCUUACCUCUUCCAUGCUUUGUCUA